AAACCUUUCGUUUCAGUUUCGUUUCAGCGUAAUGGCGGUACCCAUGUGUCGGCAAAGCAUCCGAGCUGUCCUUCAUUCAGCGCGUGAUUGUUUAUUUAACAAACAUCGUGAUGUGAAUUCGCGAUGCCGAGUCCAGUGAAAUACGUACCAAGGUGUUAGUGACAGAUAUUUCAGCUGCUCUCUUUCUCGGUUAGUGCUCGAUCAAAAUCUGUGGCAGGUGAUCCGCGGGCGACAGAGGUAUGGUUCCUCCGGCGCAACUCCGAGCUAUAAUCAGGCGUCGGGCAGCGUCGAAAUCACAGAAAGAAGGCAGCGGUGGCAAGACUCGGAAAAGAGAUUCCAAACAAUCGGCGAGCGAGGCGUCGUCGUCUUCGACAGCGUGCGCUUCUAACAAAAGGAAAGGGCUGGCAGGCGGAGACUUCACGAACAUCAAAAACAGACUGUGCUCCCGGUUCGGUGCGGCAUCGCGUCAAGCCGACUCCACGGUGACCAAAGAAAGCGAUGACGCGCUCGGCGAAAGCGACGGUGCGGGAAGCUCGAAACCAACCAGCUACACGCCGCUUGAGAGUCAAGUCGUGGCGAUCAAGCAGCGGCAUCCCAACACUGUCCUGCUGGUUGAAUGCGGAUAUCGUUUCCGAUUUUUCGGAGAAGAUGCGGAGUUGGCUUCCCGUGAGCUUUGUAUCAUGUGCCAUCGAGACCACAACUUUAUGACAGCCAGCAUUCCUGUCCACCGUCUGGGUUUCCACGUGGAACGCCUUGUGUCUCGUGGCCACAAAGUAGGCAUAGUCCGUCAGACUGAGUCGGCAGCACUCAAGUCGGUUGGAGCGUCGAAGUCUACCGUGUUCACUCGUGAACUGACGGCACUGUUCACCAAGUCGACCUUGAUUGGGGAAGAACUCUCAACAACAGGGUGUGAAGACCCAACCAAGGGAGGAUACUUGGUGUCUAUAUGUGAGGCCGAUUGUGCGACCCCCGAUCACUUACUUGUCGGGGUUGUGGCAGCCCAGCCAACUACGGGAGAAGUUCUGUACGACACAUUUGAAGAGAGUGCAUCUUCUUGUGAACUGGAACAGAGGCUCGAGAGUCUUCAACCUGUUGAGAUUGUUUUCUCCGAGAAGUGCCACCCCAUGUUGGAGAAGACAGUGUGCAGCUUCACGAGCACGAGUCGUGAUGGUGUCCGUUUGGAGCGACUCCCACCGGAUUACUUCAAGCUGUCUCCUAGCUUAGAUGCCCUGACCACCUUGUACUCUGGCAACGACAAGCAUUCAUCGAGUAUUGCCCAGCUAGCGGCAAUCCCGCCAGUCGUCAUCUGCUGCUUGGGAUCUCUCCUCGAAUACCUGAAAGCAUUCAAACUGGAGGAAAUCCUCAGGGAUGUGAGCAAUUUCACUCCCAUGUCCAGCGGCUGUCGCAAAAUGGAUCUCACGGCAGCAACGCUGCGGAGGUUGGACGUGUUCCGUAACUCGGCGGAUGGCACAGUGAAAGGCAGCUUGUUCGGCCACUUGGACCACACUUUGACAGCCUUUGGCCGCCGCAUGCUUUUCUCAUGGAUAGGACAACCGCUGGCAGACUUGGAGUUGAUCAAGGAACGUCAGGAUGCUGUUUCGAGCAUACUUUCCCUGGGAGCCAAGAGUCUUCCCGAACUUAGAAAGUUUCUCUCAAGAAUGCCCGAUGUUCAGCGAGGACUUUGUGCAAUUUUGCACCAGAAGGUGAAGCCGUCUGAUCUUGUGGAAAUACUGUCUGCCUUGUCCCGGGCGCAAAGGCUCUUCAGUGCACUCAGCACAAACUUUUCGCUGGGCAUCACGAGUACUGCACUGAGGAAUUGCUUUGUCAACAUUGCCAAGCUCUUGAGAGAUGUUGACAGCCAUCUUGAAUGCUUGGACGUCAAUUCAGCCAAGCGUGAUGACAUGGCUACACUCUUCAAGGACUUGUCUGACUAUCCUGACCUCUUGAGGUGCCAUGAGGAUGUCUUCAACAUUGAGGAGAAGCUCCUUUCACUUCGAAAGGAUAUUGCUGUGAAGCUUGGAGUUGCCACGUUUGACUACAAGUCAGUCAAUGGAUUGCCGUAUCUUGUUGAAGUGCCUGUCAAGAAUAUUUCGGCAAUACCUCGGGACUGGUUCAAAAUAAGCUCGACAAAGGCUGUAAGCAGGUUUCGGCCACCUGUGGUCGAGUCUCUCUACAAAGACCUGUGCGUUGCCAAGGAAGUGGCGCUGAUGCAAAGCCGCAAGUCCUGGGUUUCUUUCCUGGAGAAGCUGAGUGUGAGGUACACAGACUACCAGCAGGCGGUGAAGAGCAUAGCCACGGUGGACUGCUUCUUGUCCCUGGCCGAGACUGCUUCCCAGGCUGGAUAUUGCAGGCCACAAAUGCUGCCCAAGGAUCCGGCAACAAUCCGAAUUGUCCAGGGAAGGCAUCCAGUGCUGGAGCUGAGUUCCGCGCAGCAGCAGUACGUGAGCAACGACACUGAUCUCAGUGAGACUAUGCGCUGUUGCAUCAUUACUGGUCCCAACAUGGGCGGCAAGAGCUCGUACAUGCGCCAGGUCGCCCUUGUUGUCAUCAUGGCACACCUCGGGUCCUACGUGCCUGCCGAAUCAGCAGCCAUCAGCCUAAUCGAUGGCAUCUACAUCAGAAUGGGCGCUGAGGAUGACAUCACUCGCUGGAGAAGCACGUUCCUCAGCGAAAUGCUGGAAACAACAGAGAUCCUGGACAAAUGCACCAAUCACUCCUUGGUCAUCUUGGAUGAGUUGGGUCGAGGCACUGCCACACACGAUGGCACAGCCAUUGCCUGGGCUACGCUUCGUCACAUCGUGGAAGAGAAGCGGUGCCUGGUCUUGUUUGUAACGCACUACCCACCAGUUACACAGAUGAAAAAUUUAUAUCCCAACAACAUUGUGAACUGCCACACAGCUUUUGAUGUGGACCAUGAAGAUGCAGUGACAUUUUUGUAUAGUCUACAGCCUGGCGCUGCUGAGAAAAGUUAUGGACUCAAUGUUGCCAGACUUGCGAAGAUUCCAGAGCAAGUCGUCAUGCGUGCACGUGAGAAGGCGACAGAGCUGCAAGAAGUGAUGAAGGCCAAGGAAGAACUUCAGCUACACAAUUCAUAGCGAAGGCCCUGGAUAGCAAGAACAUUCUGUAAAUAAGCUCUUGUGAUUGUCACGUUACUUGUACAGUUGUCUUGUUUGCUUCCAAAUGGACGUCCCUACGCUUGUUUGUCCCACCUGUUCUUUUUGUUAGUACUGAGCAGUUGUGAAGGAGUUGUCUGUGGUUGUAAAAACUGACAACAAUGUGCAUGCUAGGGUGACAGUUUAAGUACCUUUGAUGCUUUAAUAAAACCUCGCUGGAUGAUAA